AUGGUGCUCUCUCUCUCCUCGAGUGGUGUUGGUGUCCUCCUCGCAACAAAAACAGAGGAGGCGAAUGCUUUGCAACUGGCACCUCUGGGAAAACCAACGCGAAUAGGAAACGAGAAGCGAACGGAUGCGUCCAUCGAAGAAAUCAAAGAAAUAUUAAGGAGAGAUUUACAACCGGUGGAGAAAAACGCAGAUGGGACGUUCAGAGGCGCGUAUUUCGUCACCGGGAACGUGACGCCGGAGAUUUUCGAGGACGACUGUCGAUUUAUCGACCCGACGAAUACGACGAAAUCGCUGAGCAAAUACGUCAACGCUUUGAAGAUUUUAUUCGAUCCGGAGAACAGUUCGGUGGAUUUGAGAAGCAUAGAGGUGAAAGACGAGAAUACUAUAGUGGGUAUUUAUGAUUGCGAGGGGUAUUUAAAGCUGCCGUGGCACCCGCGAGUGAAACCAUACACCGGGACGGUCACGUGGAAGACGAGCAAAAACGGUUUGAUCGAAAGCCAAACGCAAGAAUGGAGUGGUGUAUCCGCCGCCGGCGCCAUCAUGGAGAGUUUUACGCCGAGUUAA